AUGGUGAAUGAUCGUUGUGUUUUGCAUGACGAUACUGCCAACAAACGAGAUUUAUUCAUUGAAUUAACAACUGAUUCGCAGUCAUAUAAACUCGUCGACACGAAUCAAUUCCGUUCAUCAGAUUUAAGUGUUAAAUCGUUACCAUUACCAUCAAAUAUAAUUGAGUCAAGUGAUUCGAGUUUCAAAAGAGACAACAGUGUACAACUGUAUAAGACAGUGUUCGUUGCUCGUUGUCCAUUCGUCGUCAAAGAUGAAUAUACGUGUGAUGAAGGUGACGAAUUCGAGCUCAUCAGUCGAACCAAUAAUGACGCUUGUCACGUUCGUCACUUGCGUACAAAUACGAAAUGUACAAUCGAUCAGAAACAUUUACUCCUGGAUCAUGAAACUCCACUACGCUUGGGUAGUGACGAUCGCGGUGUUAUUCAGCGAUGUUUACUUCAACACAAUAGACCAGGUGCAUAUCUGAUUCGUCGAAGUCGAAAUGAAUUGGAUUCGUUUGUAUUAAGCAUUUCUCAAAUAUCCAGCCAAACGAAUGCCGAAGAUUGGCAUUACUUAAUUUGUGUCCAUCCGAAAACUCGUUGUUUUUACUUUGUACAAGAAUCAAAGUUAAAUCAAAUGUUUUUCCCAUCGUUCCAAAAACUUGUACAAAACGAAAAAGUUCGAGAAGUUAUCCCAUUGACACAUGCGAUACCGCACCGUAUCGAAUUUGAAGAAGAUCUCUGGCAUAUUCCGCAUCGCGAUUUAACAUUCCAAUGCCACAUAGGUAAGGGCGAGUUCGGAGAAGUUUGGCGUGCGCUUUGGCAAAACGGAAAACGAUCUAUACCUGUCGCGGUGAAAAAAUUACACAAACGACGACAAGAUACCUCAAGCUUAAAGAGUUAUAAUCAAGAGAUUGAAGCGAUGAAAACCUUACGAAAUAAUUAUAUUGUAUCUCUCUUCGGUGUGGCACACGAUCUUCAAACGAACGAAAACUUACUCGUGACAGAACUAAUGGAAAACGGAGAUUUAAAAAAUUGGUUAGAAGAUAGUGCCGACGUCCCAGAAGAGAAACUUGUCAUCUCGUUCGCAUAUGAUAUCUGUCGCGGAAUGGCAUUUCUUGAACAGCAAUUACGUGUACAUCGAGAUCUAGCUUGUCGGAAUAUUUUAUUAGGUAACGGAGGUCGAACGGUGAAGAUUGCUGAUUUUGGUUUAUCAAUGUGUAUUAGCAAAGACAAUUCGAUUCAACAAAAUGAAAUUUAUUAUCAACGAUUGCCUAUCCGAUGGACGGCACCUGAGGUUCUUGCCGAUCAAAAAGUUUACUCGAUUAAAUCUGACGUAUGGUCAUUCGGAAUCGUUUUAAUUGAAAUUUGGUUGAAAGGCGCUGAUCCUUAUCCUUAUGAAAAAGAUUUUUCAUCGAUUCGUGCACUCGUACACGGUGGAUAUGUCCAUAGUAAACCAGCGAAAUGCUCGAGUCAGUUUUACAACCGUUUUAUCCGUCCAUGUUUAUCUUUUGAUCCGAAUCAACGACCAAACUUCAAAGCAUUAGUCGAACUGUUAAGACAAUGGUAUCGAGAGAAGGAGUCAUAUGAACUUUUAAAUAGUUCUUAUGUUGAAUUUUCUUCGUAG